AGGUUGGAGAAUCAGCAGGCCCAGUCUUUUUUCCUGCCCUCUAACCUAGACGCAAAACCCUCGGAAAAACGAAGGCUAAAACUAAAACCCCCUCUCUCUCAUCCCCAAGGAGACACAGCUUAGAGCUAAAAAACACUUCCAAUGGCGGCCAAGAAUCAACAAACGCAAAAACCCAAUAAGAGAAAGCAAUUCUCAAGCACCAAAACGGACAAAGAUGGCUCGAAAUCGAAGAAGCCGAAGCUGCUUUCUUCAACCCCUUCAUCAGCAAACCCUUCAAACAAACUCCUCAAGAAACCUUUCAACUCAUCCAAACCAAAACGAGAACACCCAACUCAUUCCAAGUUUAAGAAAUCGGAAUCUGGGAAUGAUAAUAAAGAACUUACAAAGCGAGAGCGUCGAAUCCAAGCCAAGGAAUUGGCUGAAGCUAGAAAGAAGAAGAGGAAGCCGCAUUAUACUCUUGAACAAGAGCUUGCAUCUUUAUGGGAAAAGAUGAGGCGUCGGAAUAUUGCUAAAGAAGACAGAUCAAAGCUUAUAACUGAAGCUCUGCAAAAGAUGAAGGGAAAGAUUCCAGAAAUUGCUGGCUCUCAUGUUUCAUCUCGUGUUCUGCAGACCUGUGUUAAGUACUGCUCACAAAUAGAAAGAGAUGCCGUAUUCUCCGAGCUUCAGCCACACCUUCUGACCCUUUCUUGCAAUGCCUAUGCAGUGCAUCUUGUGAAGAAAAUGUUUGAUGCAGCAUCUAAAAAACAGCUGGCUGGGGUUAUCUCAUCUCUCCGUGGGCAUGUUGCUUCACUUCUUCGGCACAUGGUUGGAUCUGUUGUUAUUGAGCAUGCAUAUCAACUGGGAAAUGCCACUCAAAAACAAGAGCUUCUGAUGGAAUUAUAUUCUACCGAGCUUCAUCUGUUCAAAGACCUCGCAUCCAUCAAAGAAAGCAGGUUAAUAGAUAUAAUAUCAAAGCUGGACCUGCAAAAAUCAUCUGUUUUGCGACACAUGAGUUCGGUAAUCCAACCAAUCCUUGAAAAAGGAAUAUUAGACCACUCGAUGAUACACAGGGUAUUAAUAGAGUAUUUGGACAUAGCUGAUAAGUCCUCUGCUGCAGAUAUAAUUCAACAGCUGUCUGGCCCACUCCUUGUUCGUAUGAUCCAUACCCGAGAGGGAUCUAAGAUUGGGAUGCUUUGUGUUAAGCAUGGGAGUGCGAAGGAAAGAAAGAAAAUCAUCAAAGGGAUGAAAGGCCAUAUAAGCAAGAUAGCGCAUGAUCAAUGUGGAUGCAUGGUACUCGUUAGUAUAUUUUCUAUGGUCGAUGACACAAAGCUUAUAACAAAGAUUAUCAUCCGUCAGCUUCAAACAACAUUGAAAGAGCUUGCUUUGGACAAGAGUGCAAGGCGCUUGUUGCUGCAGUUGCUUCAUCCAAACUAUUCACGCUAUUUAAAUACUGAUGGUCUGGCGUCUCUAAAUUUAACUGUUCCAUCACUCAGUUCUAAGAACGAGUCAGAAAUCAAAUCCAAGAAACUUUCAAGGGAUGAAGAAUCUAGUAAGGAGGCAGCUAAGAGUGAUAUUCCCGAAGAGAACCUUGAUGAAGAAUCUACAAAGGAGGUAGCUACGACAGAUUCUGAUAUGGAAGCAACUGAGUCCGGUAAAAGUGAUACUCCCGAAGAGAACCUUAACUCAGCUGAAGGUGGGAAGAAGGAUCCUUCGUUAAGGAGGAGGGAGUUGCUAGUCAACAGUGGGCUUGCUGAGAACCUUAUUGAUGUUUGCAUUGAGAAUGCAGAAGAAUUGCUUACAUCAAAUUUUGGCAAAGAAGUAAUUUUCGAGGUUGCGAAGGGGGGUUCUGAUGGAAUUCUCCACCCAACUUUGGAUGAAAAGUUGAAUAACUUGCAUGAAGCUAUAGCAGAACUUGCAGCAAAGCCUAAAUCCGAUGAAUCCGAGGAAGAACAUGUGCUUGAAAACUUCCAUUCCAGUCGCACCAUACGGAAAUUAAUCUUAGACUGCCCUGCAUUUGCUUCCACAUUGUGGAAGAAAUCUUUGGAAGGAAAGUGUCAAUUAUGGGCCCAGGGUCACAGUUCAAAGGUAGUGUCUGCAUUUUUGGAAUCCUCAGACUCCGAGGUCCGUAAAGUGGCAAAAGAAGAGUUGCAGCCCUUGGUAGAUGAUGGUACUCUCAAAAUCCCUGAAACCAAGCAAUUAGCAAAUGAAAAUUAGGUCUGCCUGAAACGGAAAAGACUAGAAUAUCUCGAUCGUUGAAUGGAUGCUGUUGAUUGGGCUACUGGAAAUGCCGAGUGAAUGACCAAUCAUGAAGGAGUUUAUGAAAUAUAUACAGAGCAAAUUACUGUGAGUUUUCUUAACUGAUAGGGUUAAGGAAUUUUGGCUAAAUUACGAAAUGAUUGUAGAAUUUGGAAUAUUAUUAUAAAUAAUGAGUUUCUUAAAAAAUCUUUAAUGCAUGAGCUUUUAUUA